CAGGACGCUUUAGUGUCAUUCAAUCAAGAGUGAGAAAAAUCAAACUAAUUUUCUUGAAUUUGUACACGAAACGAAGAAACUGAAGUGAAAUGUGCUACCUACAUAAUUAAUUACUAACUAAUGUACAAGUUCAAUACUAAAAACUUUCACGAAAAAGACGUUUGCUCAAUGACAUAACCUCAAAUUACAUCAUGAUGCGGUUAUCAAGCUUUAACGUUUUUGCUCUCGGAGCAAAAACCGCCGAAAAGUAUAAAAACGCAAGCGAAAGGAUCAAUAAAAAGAUCAGUGGAACUUUUAUUGAAAAAGCAGCGAUUUACAUGAAAACUAUAUGGAAUGACUAUAAAGAAGUGGCUGUCUCUGUUAGAAGUGAUAUUAAGGAGAAACCUUUAAAAGCUGCGGGUUUUUUCACCGGCAUGGGGUUCACAAUGUAUUGUUUAACCCACAAUCCAAAUGAGCAAAGUUUUAGAGCAAAAUUUAUACAAUGUUCAAACGACGUUUCUUUAGUCAGUUCAAAUCUUGUUAACGGGGCUGCUGUGGAACAUAUGAAGAUGAUCCAGACUUGUUACAACAGAGAUUUAAUAAGGUAUACAAACUUGGGGCUAUUUUCCAUCAUUUGGGUGGAUAAAUACAGCGACCAGUGUAAUAUGUAUGAAACAAACUGUUCUUACUUGAAACUGCCAUAUAGGAAAUUCGCUAGUCAAGUCAUAGAUGUAGGUUUCUUAAAUAUUUGGUGGGUUAUCUCACGCAAAAUGUUAGAUUAUGACAUAAAUUAUUAAUGAAUGAAAUGAAAUAAAUAAACUUUACCUUGGCACUGUUGUCUUCUA